UCUCCUAAAAAAUUACAAGCCAUCCUACCACCUAGAUCAACGCCUUCUACUAGAAUUCUAGCUUUCACAACUCGGAAACAAGACAAAAGUAGUCAAAAUGGUCAAAGCAGUUGCUGUCAUCCGGGGUGACUCCAAGGUCGCUGGGACCGUCACCUUCGAGCAGGCCUCCGAGUCUGACCCUACCACCGUUUCGUGGGACCUUACCGGCCACGACCCCAACGCCCAGCGUGGAUUUCACAUCCACACUUUCGGAGACAACACCAAUGGUUGCACAUCCGCAGGUCCUCACUUCAACCCCCAUGGCAAGACCCACGGUGACCGAACUGCCGAGACUCGCCACGUCGGAGACUUGGGCAACAUUACUACUGAUGCUCAAGGCAACGCCAAGGGCUCCGUUCAAGACUCCCUCAUCAAGCUGAUCGGACCCGAGAGCAUUAUUGGCCGAACUGUCGUAUCCCACGCCGGUACCGAUGAUCUCGGCAAGGGCGGCAACGAGGAGUCCCUCAAGACCGGUAAUGCUGGUGCUCGUCCUGCCUGCGGUGUUAUUGGCAUCUCCAGCUAAAUUCGUACUGAAUGAGGAGAUGACUUAGUGAUCAAAUCUAGCUUCGUUGAACCAGUCUGAAUGUCAUGUAAUUGACCAUACUUAGUAGCUAGCUCUUCAAAAUAAAUCUCGUGAUAUUUAAA